AUGGAUAACAGUAGCCUCGACAUCUGGGUUGCCGGCGCUAUAGCAGCCGUAACCGUCGACUUCCUAGUGUACCCAAUGGACACACUCAAAACGCGCAUCCAGUCACCAAACUACAACCACCUCUACAAAGACGCAACAGGCGCUAUAAAACGAGACGUCCUCUUCCGGGGGCUAUACCAAGGUGUAUGGAGCGUCGUACUGGCUACUGUACCUUCAUGUACGUUCUUACACUACACAUCUGCCCAUACUCACUACCCCCCAUACACCCAAACAUACAAACAUACACACGCCCAUAAACCAACCCAACCCUAA